CUCAAGAACGCACACACUCUGCACAUGCAUGGAGUGGAACUGAUCCGCAGGGCUGCACAGUAGUGAGGCAACAGUGUAUGAUCCAGGGGAGGGGGUUGGAGAGAGAGAGAGAGAGAGAGCACUGACUCUCCCUCUUGCAAACUUUAGGAGAGCAGCAGUGAGGGGAAGUUGCAUGAAGCGUGUGGUUCCAACUGAGGACUUUCCUAUCAGACCAUGGAGACCAAGAAGUGGAGGUAGAGGAAGAGGAGGAAGAAGAAGAAGAAGAGAAACAAAAUCCUACUGGCUGAACAGGAGAUCAGAGUUUCAUUGAGGGAUUACUGGACUCUUCAUUUAUGUGCACAUGUCAUGGUGAUCUCCUACAUGAGCGUCUCUCGUUGACAGGAGCUCCUCUGUGUCUUGGAUUUCUCUGGGAUCAAAGUUUGUUUUCCAAGAGGACAGCGUGAAUGAAGUGUGCGGAAGCAGGAAACAUGUCAAACGGACGUUUCAGUCACCUGUUGAAGGGAGUUUGGCUGCUGUGGCUGUGGCAAGUUGUGUUUGUGGCUGGAACUGGAGGUAAACUAUGGGAGGUGCCCACAACUUCCUUCACCUCUUCCUCAAACCACAGUGAGAGCAUGCAGUGGGAGCACGAGUGUCAGUACCGCCACCUACAGGACAGAGUGAAAAUUACAGCAGACAGCCCCCCGAGACUUGAUGGCACAUGGGUGUCAACAAGGUGUGAAGUUCGCCCUGGUCCAGAGUUCCUGACCCGCUCCUACACCUUCCAACCCAGCCGUCACUUCCAAGCGCUGCAGCAUUACUACACAGACAGCAGCUGUGCAGAUCCCGCAUACUCCCUGAUGAUCAGGGGAAGGCUGCGCCUGCGUCAGGCCUCCUGGAUCACACGAGGGGCCACAGAAGCAGAACAUCAUAUCAGUAAGGUGGGCAUUGUGGUCCACAGCCCGGCAGCAAAGCAGAGGCUGGCCUCAAGGCUGCCUCAGGCCUGCGUGGGUCCGACCCUGAGUCGAGUGUUGCCGGGGAAGCUGUUUGAAAUGUACAACACCCGGGCAGGGAGGGGAUGCCUGGCAGCCCUGGGUUUCUCUAUGUUGGAGAUGGAACUGAUUCGGGUGGAGACGCAGCACCACAGCCAUGGAGGAAAAGUCCAGGAGCUAUUUUUAGGGGACAUUCACACUGACUGGACUCAGAGGACUCUUUACAGACCUACAGGGUACCAACAGCCACUGCAGAACGCCAUGCAUCACAUCCACCCCUGCCCUGUAUGUGCCCUGGUGUACCGCUCCUCGGAGCAGCGCCCCCCGGGAUUGCCCCGUAGCCCUGCAGCUCAACUGUCUUUGUCGGGCCGCUGGGUCAGCCAGGGCUGUGAAACUCGUCCUAAUAUCCUCUUCCUCACCCGGGACUUUACCUUUAAUCCUGACCAGCAUGCAUGGGAAGGCGUCUACCGUCACUUCUCUGACCCCGCCUGCACUAAGCCCACAUUCACACUGAGGGCCUCGGGCCACUACGCUCAGGGAAACCCCUCAGUGAAGAUCUCAGGGGCCACCGAGUUUGUCUUCAAGGUCACCCAGGUCUUAGUCACAGCUGAAGAGGAGUCCACAGCAAAGUUGUUGAACGGGACAAGGCCGGGAAAGUGUGGUCCAGUGGGAGGCUGGGAGGUUGGGGUGGAGCAGGACCUGACCCCAACAGCUGGAUGCAACCUGCUGGGCAUCAAGCUGCCACACAAAGAGUAUGAGCUCUUCAAGACUGAGCUGGACCACAGGAAACACCCGCUGCUUUUCAUCGGAGAGAGACCGACCGAUGGGUCAAGUCCAGACCGACCACAGAGGAGACCCACGUCCUUUCAGGCUCCCAUGGUGGUUUGUGGUGGUGAGGAGACCCAUCCCUCACAUCGUUAUGGCUUUAACAGCAAGCAAGUUCAGUCAGCAGCCAGUGGGACAGGCAGACUGGCACAGCUGGUGUUAUUGGUGCUGGGAUGUGUGCUGUUCAGCUGGUUGUGUUGUUUUUAGAGACUUUGCUCCAGAAUCAAAUCUGUUACACAGCUGAAGUCAUUGAUGGACAUUCAUUUCUGGCAGCUGUCUUUCACUUUUCUUCCAUAUGAUGAUGAACACAUGCGUGAUAGUCAGAAAAAAAUCAUGAGACACCCAGGAGGGCUGGAUAAUGUUUGGAAAUCUGGCUCUCAGAUGCUGCCUGUAACAUCACUUUAAUGACUCUUAACUUCAACUGCAUUUCUACCUAAAACUAAUCUGUAUAUAAUCCAACGAUUCAUAAAAGUGCCGUCACUUCAGCAUGUAAAAUAUAUAUUAUUGUAAACCCUGUUUCUUUUGUAUAAUGAUCAGAUGUUCUCAUUUAUCAGAUUUAUUUGUUUUUAAUACUCUUGGGUUCGUCUUGCUUCUUCAUCAAAACUGAAAGCUGCGGACUUUCCAGCAAACAUCACUCAAGACUUUAUUUUUAACCAAGAUGCAGUAUAACUAAUGCACUUUGUACAGAACAAUGUCUCCUAACAAACUGGAAAGAAAGAUGGAAAGUACAAACAUUUGUAUUAAGCCUUCUAAUAGCUGUCAUCUUCUUUGGUCGGAUGCCACUGUAGUGAAGUGUUGCCUUGUCUCUAUUGUCUUUCAAAGCUUGUGCAGUUUUAUGAUUUUCUUUCAGCAGUAAAUCCUACAAUUCAGGCGAGUGCUGCACAGGGCAAAAAAAAAAAUAGAAAAAUGAUGUGAAGGAAUCAGGUGCUUUUCAAGGAUAAGGGACAGAGGUCAAGUUGCAAGUGAAUAAAAAAUGACUGACCAGGUUAUUUGGUUUAUUCAAAUUAAUUUCAUGGUGUAAAAAAAAGUCUGUAGCACUCUGAUACAGUAUAAAAAUAAUUUUAGGGAUGUGUCUACACGUUAAACUCAACUAAGUCUUCACCAGGACAUAAUGGACAAUUAAAAAACAGGAAGCAGCCAUCUUAAAGAAAGGACAUAAGUCAAUCAUCCCUUCAUGUAGUAUACAGAUGUCAUAAUAUAGCAGAAACAAAUCCUGCAAGUAUACACAGGAGGAUAUAUCAAAUAAAGUGUGUGUAAUCAAAUAAAUACAUGUCUAUAUCACAUAAUUGAUAAAUUUUACCUCAAGGCCAGCAGACGACAUAGCAUGACAUCAUAAAAAUAAAGUAUAUAGUAUAAACAAGAUAUAAAAGCAGCCAUGUCUAAAGUGCCUCAGAUUUUCAGUUCGCACUGCAGACUUUUUUCACCAUGAACUUUUUUUUGCAAAUAACCUGAACAGACAUUUGUUAUUUAUUUGCAAAUCAUAAGAAUAUUUAUUAUAACAAUUUAUACUUAACUUUUUGAUAAAAGGAAUAUUUUUGAUCCAAUGUUUCAGUUACUUUUGCCAUUUAAACAGUGAUUUUUUUUCUAUGAUUAUUAAAAAUGGCUUUUCAUAA